UCAAAGGGUCUGCUCUAGGAAAUGACAGAACGGUGCUUCUGUUCCAUCCCAUUUUUGGCUUCAUAAUCAUAAAUUCCCAAUUUUUGCUUCUUAAUUAACUUGUCUACUGAACAUUUAAUCUGCGAAUAAAAGCACACAAAUCCUAGUGUUUAACCACCAAUUUCCUGACUUUACAGUGGGUUCUACCUUUGUUUGUCCAUCAAAUUUAGGGUUUUCAUCUGGAGGGUCAGUAGAUUGGAGGAAGUUCGAGAGUGGGGUGUUAUGGUGGAGAGAAUGGAUAUGGUGAAGGCGCAGCCGCUGCAGGCGGGACCGUACCAAGAUGGGGAGGAUGCGAUGCAAAUGGAUGGGAGAGGAGGAGUAGAGGGAGAGGGAAUUAAUGGGUUUCACGAAGGAAUCAUGAAUGGAGUAAUGACUUCACUGGAGCAUGGUAAUGGAGGUCUUGUUCAGCCUACUCGAACCAGUGAGCUCACGGUCGCAUUUGAAGGGGAGGUCUAUGUCUUCCCUGCGGUUACACCUGAAAAGGUGCAAGCAGUUUUAUUACUGCUGGGAGGACGUGAUGCAUCAACGAAUUUGCCAAGUUCUGAGUUUCUACUACAAGAAAAGAUGAAGGUUGUAGGUGAUUGUUCACAAGGCUCUAAGCUUUCACGAAGACUUGCCUCACUGGUCAGAUUCCGAGAAAAGCGGAAGGAGAGAUGCUUUGAAAAGAAAAUCCGGUAUACUUGCAGAAGAGAGGUUGCUCAGAGGAUGCAUCGUAAGAAUGGGCAGUUUGCAUCAUUGAAAGAGAGCUACAAUGUGCGUGCUGGAAGCUCAGAUCCAAGUGACAGCACCCCUCCUCCAGAAUCUGUUUCAGGCAGAUGUCAACAUUGUGGGAUAAGUGAGAAGUUAACUCCAGCGAUGCGUCGAGGGCCAGCUGGUCCCAGAACCCUUUGCAAUGCUUGUGGUCUUAUGUGGGCAAACAAGGGAACUCUAAGAGAUCUUUCAAAAGGCGGGAGGAGCAUUCAGUUUGAUCCAAAUCAGCCAGAAACUCCUGUGGAUAUUAAGCCUUCAACCAUUGAACCAGAAAAUUCAUCUGUUGACGAGGAUGAGCAGGAUUUUAUUGAGACUUGCCAAGCAGUUCCUAAUAGUUUACUCCCCAUCCAAAUGCCGAAUUGCUCAGCAAAUCUUGAUGAUGAGGACUUACAGGAAACACUGGAUGAGCUUGCAAAUGCAUCGGGGUCAGAUUUUGAGAUUCCAUCACAUUUUGACGAGCAGGUUGACAUUGACGACACCAACAUGGGGACUGGUUGGCCUGGGACCUGAUCUUGCAAUGUGCAUGUGUAUGGAUAUGGUUUCUCGAUGACAUAUUUGAUGUUGCAAAAGCUGAUACUGUUUAACAAUAGAUUUCCGGGCAGCCUUCAAUGCAUAGAGACACAAAAUUCUCAAGUAUAUGCAGCUGCAGAAAUUACCGGACACAUCUUGUACCAUUUUUGUUUUUGUUAGUCUUAAAUUUUUAAUAGUGAAUGACAUAUUGUGCCUUACACAUUUCGGCCUCUUUUCUGCAUUGUUUAUAUCAGGAAAUGGUUCAAGACCUUUUAGUCUGUAUAAAGCCUGUGUAAUUUUAACUUGUAAAGGUGUUCGAGGUACAUCAAGUAGGCUAUGUUUGGUAACCUUAAAGACACUUUCUUGGAAAA